AUGGGUAAGGAAAGAAAAGCCAUGGAUCUAUCAAACUUGUCGAGCAAUUUACCGCCUCAAAUACCAGCUACCGAGUCACAAAUAUCUGAUCUUGAUAAUAAAUUGACACAAGAGUUCAAAUCGGCUGCUAAUUCAGUAGCGGCGCUAUAUCGGUUGUCGAGUGCUAAAAAUGCCAUGUUGAGACAUAAAGGAUACCUAGAUUGUUUGGAUGACUUGUUGAAUAUGAUCAAACUACAUCGGGCCACCAUAACCAGGAGAAUCCGAGCCAGAAAUGACCAGUCAGGGAGACCAGAUUUUGAUGGAGAAGGAGGAAACAGCGAUGGAAAUAUGAGUAUGGACAACGAUGACGAUGAGAUGGAACAUGGGAUGAGCGAGUUUGAUAUUGAAAGUUGGUGUUUAACGAAGAAGGCGGAACUAAUGGGAGGUGAAAAUAUCAAUCGAGGAAUAAUUUUUGAUGAUGACAAUGAUGAUGUGAAAGAAGAUAUUAACGGUGGGGAAGCGGAUCAAUCGGCGGUGAAUGAUGACCUUGCGGAAAAUACUGGGAAUGAACCUGUCACCGAUGAAAAUGGAGUGAUUCACUACGAUUUUAAUAUGAACAUGCCGGUUAAUCAAAAAUUUAGAGCAUCUAUGCCACUACUCAGUGUUGAUAGGACAAGGAGUGCUAGAGGUCAUGGUUACUUCACAAAGCCUACAAGAGUGACUAAUAUCAAGAAGCCAAAUAAUGAAGAAGAGGGCCAAUUUAAGGCUUCUCAAGAAAUAUAUCUAAAUCACCAAAAGCUGAAAAUCGAUAGGGAUGGAUCUGUUAUUAAUAGCCAUAAAGAGGAAACUGAUCACCCAGAGGAAACUGUGGCUAAAAAAAUGAAGUUUAGCACAAACUGA